AUGCCGGCUCUGGUCUUCACGUCCAAUGUGGUCUUACCAGACUCCAAAGCAUUCAUCACGCAAUUUAGCGCGUUUGCAGCCAAGACGCUGAAAAAAAGCGAAGACAUGGUCUCUGUGUCUUACACUCACAAUGGAACUCUCGCCUUCGGAGCUACUUUCGAUCCGACAUUUGUGCUUGAGAUUAUCAGCAUAGGCAACCUUGACGAGGUGCAGAACAAUGAAUACAGCAAGGCGUUCUUCGCAUUCCUUUCGGAGAACCUCGGCGUGCCGCAUGAGCGUGGCUAUAUGUCGCUAAUUCAAUGGUGCUCUGUCCUCAGCACGUUUGCUGAUCCUGGAUUGAUUAACAUGGGCUGGAAAUCGGCGACUAUUGCCCACUAUGUCGCGACAGCCCUCAAUAUCGUGCCCAAGCCGGAUGAAACUUUACAGCAACCCCAAUUUCAGCACAACUGCAUCCCCCUGGUUGCGCAACAACACCAAGGCAAGAUCGUCACUAGCCGAGACUGUUCGUUCCUCAUGUCCUUGCUCGUUUCUUCGAUCGCUUUUGGCAUUGCCUCUGCGGCAGAUGGUCCAGAUUUGUACAGAAGGGACGCUCUUUCCGUCUGCCAGGAAAUCGCCAGUGCGAUUUCCUCUGCAUCGGAAGUGUUCUACCCACUGGAAUGGUACUACACCGAGGACAUUGCACACUAUAUUUCCUCAAGCGAGGAAAACGCUACCUGCUCUGUCGAGCCGGGGACACCUGAGGACGUCGGGAUUAUCGUGAAAGGCGGUGGCCACGCCUCAAACCCGGGAUUUUCGUCCACCGCUGGCGUCCAGGUUGCCAUGGCAAGAUUCAACGGCGUAACAUACAACUCGGAUUCACAAACCGUCGAUAUUGGCACAGGCCUGAUCUGGGAUGAUGUGUACUCAGCGCUUGAGCCGUACGAUGUGAAUGUAGUUGGCGGCCGAGUGACCGGAGUGGGAGUUGCCGGCUUCACCCUGGGAGGAGGCAAGUCCCGAUCACCACACAAUCUCCGCUUGCUGAUCAUACUGGUUCGGCGAAGGUUAUUCGUUCCUCUCAAACCAGUAUGGUCUGACCGUCGACACGGUGACAGCAUUCCAACUUGUGCUGCCCAAUGGGACCGUUAG